AUGAGAUCCUCUUCAGCGCUGAAUCUGGUGGAGCUCGUGACCAUCCUCCUUAGCAUUCACCUAAGUGGAGUGCAGGCUGAAAGAAAGAUAAAGGUCCACAAUCUAGUAAAAGUCAAGGAGAACACUAAAUUGGUCGAAACUAAUUUAAGCAUCGUUGAGGUCGAUGGCAAUUUGAUUAAAAUUGGUGUUGUACUAGAACGAUCCAAAGUAAAAGGUAUGAUGUACGAAGUGGUAUUCUAUGCAGAAAAAAUUGGGGUUUGCAGCUUUUUGAAUACCUUUUACAAGGAGUUACUCUACGACCGGCUCAAGGAGUUCUCGAAUGCUCCGGACCCAAGCCACUGUCCAUUGCCAGAAGGAGCCCACUACCACUUAGUGGACUACCCACUGGACAUCAAGCUACUGAAGACUCUAUUGAAGCCGGGGCACUACCGUAUAGAGCUUAAGGCUACGCUAAACAAUCUUUUUUAUCCAAUGAUAUAUUUGGCAGAGUUGGAGUUGUACGAAUGA